AUGAAUAAUCCUCUACUCGCUAUUCAGAGCCAAUAUUGGGCCGUGAGGGAUUACCUCUCCCCCGUAUUGAAAGAAAGCAAAUUCAAAGAGCAUGGAAGGAUCACUCCUGAGGAAUUCGUCGCGGCUGGAGAUUUCCUGACUUUCAAAUUCCCUGUAUGGCAAUGGGAGAAAGGUGAUCCCUCUAGAGCUAGAGACUUCUUACCUCCCGACAAACAAUAUUUGAUUACUCGGAAUGUACCUUGUUUGAGACGUGCCACAGCUAUCAACUAUACCGAUGCCGACGAAGACGCAGAAAAGCUCAUGAGUUUUAUGGAUGAAGCUGAGGAAGCUCCUGGACCAGAUGGAAAACCUAGAAAGGCGGAGGAUGAAGAUUGGGUUGCUACUCAUAUCGGUCGAACAUCUCACACAGGAAAUCCAACCAACAUGACUGAAAUCCCUGAUAUUUCCGAUUCACCUCCCCUUCCACCGAAAAAUAUCCCUACUGAAGGAUUAACCGAUCUAUCUCUGGAUGAUAAACCUUUACCACCUCAAGAUGAGAUACCUGAUAUCGACGAUAUACCCGAUAUGGAUGAUGAGGGUGCUGGGUUGGAAGAUGAUGACGAUGAUGCGGCAGUCAGGAUCGUACAUCCUUCAGCAGCCGAGGUUCAAUCUGCCGCUGGUCAGAACUUGUUACAAGUACGAACGUACGAUUGUUUGAUCAGUUAUGAUAAACAUUAUCAAACUCCUCGUUUCUGGCUCUUUGGGUAUGACGAGAACAAACAAACACUCACUCCUGCACAAGUAUUCCAAGAUGUGCCCGCAGACCAUGCGUUCAAAACGAUGACAAUGGAAGCUUUUCCUCAUUCUGGCCAACAAUUAGCCUCGGUCCAUCCAUGCAAACAUGCGAGUGUCAUGAAGAAGUUUAUCGAUCGUAUGGAGGCAGCCCAGAACCAGGGUGAGGAUACGAAAACUACCGCUGCGGCAGGAUCUAAGAAAAAGUGGGGAUUAGGUGGAAUGGUCAGAAAGGUCACAGGGUCGGAGAAACCAAAAGAGAAGGAAGCGAGUGCAGAGGACGAAGCUACGGGUUUGCAAGUGGACUUUUAUCUGGUUAUUUUCCUCAAAUUCAUAGCCAGUAUAGUGCCGACCAUCGAGGUGGACAGUACUACCGCUACCUCACUCUGA